AUGUCGGUAAAUAAUGUAGAGCCUGUACAUAUUGUAAACACCAAUCAAACUUACGUCAGAAAGUUCAGGUUGUACGGCAUGAAAACUACGUUCAAGUUUAACAGACCCCCUGUCGGUACGACCGAGUUAGAUUGGAUCAAGCGAGGGUUUGAAGAAGUUGUAGAUCGUAUGAAGGUGAACGCUUCAGACACAGACUAUCUAGGUUUCACACUGACCAGUUUAAAUUUCAAAAAUAAAGAACCGGGCUAUGUAGCCUUUAGACCAGCCGCUGACGUAACACUUGAUAUAUUAUGGCAGAUAUUUGGUGGGAUAGUCCAGAGUAAUGCCGAAUCCAUUACGUCUAGUGACACAUUCCAGGUGACCUGUACUGUUGUCAGCCUUCCUAUCGGUAGAGGUAGAAAUAGACCCGACUCCCUCAACUACUUUCCAAUGGCUUUGUCUGCCCUACCUAAAGCCUUCGACUUAGGCCCUGAAAAGAAAAAAGGCUACUUUCCGCAUCUCUUCAAUACACUCGCGAACCAGAACUACACAGGACCUAUACCUGCAAAAGAGUACUACUGUCCUGAUUCAAUGUUUGAGAAAAACAACAAGGACUUUGAAAAGUGGCACAACGAGCAGGUAUGCAAUAACUAUGUAUUUGACUUCCAGAAGGAAUUAAUUGAAUAUUGUAUAUCUGAUGUUGACAUCUUGGCUAAAGCUUGUAUUAAAUUUAGAUCACUCUUUAUAUCCGAAUGCAAUGUUGACCCAUUUUUAGAGGCUGUCACUAUAGCUAGCGCGUGUAACCUGGCAUUUAGACGUAAUUUCUUGAAGCCAGAGACAAUAGGCAUAAUACCGAAGAAAGGAUACAGGUUGGUGGAUACCCAGUCGUCUGCUGCACUCCAGUGGUUAGCUUAUGAGGAAGAGCAGCGGGGUGUGAGGAUCCAGCAUGCUGGUCGAGAGCGGGAGGUUAAAAUCGAGGGGAUGAAGGUGGAUGGUUUUGAUGGGGCGCGAAUAUAUGAGUUUCAAGGUUGCUACUACCACGGUUGCCCAAAGUGCUUUCCGUACAAAAGAGAAGAGCCUCUGAAAGAAGACCCAUCUGACACCCUCGAAUUGAGAUACGAGAGGACAAAAGCCAAAAUGGAAAAACUCUCUCGAACCCCCUACGAACUAGUAGAGAUGUGGCAAUGCGGAUUUAACAAUCUGAAAAGAGAUCGAGAUCUCACACAUUUGGAAAAUCAUCCCGUGUUGACAACCUUACCGCUCAAUCCCCGAGACGCUUUCUUCGGAGGAAGGACGGGGAAUGCGAUGACAUACCACAGGUGUACGGAAGAUGAGCAAAUACACUACGUAGACGUAUGUUCCCUCUAUCCCUACGUCUGUAAACGGGGCAAAUAUGCGAUUUCCCAUCCUACCAUCUACAUUGGUGACAAAGAGUGCAGGGAAAGGGGAAUGCAAGCUGAGGGUCUUCUAAAGUGCAAAGUGCUUCCUCCAAAAGAUCUGUACCACCCAGUGCUUCCAGCUCGAAUGAAUGACAAAUUAAUGUUCGUACUGUGCAAUGAUUGCGGCGAAGAGCUCAACAGCGGAGAAUGUCAACAUAGCGACGACGAAAGGGCGUUGAUUGGCACAUGGACGAUGGAUGAAAUACGCAGAGCAGUUGAAAAAAGCUACAAAGUUGUCGAAAUGUACGAGUUGUGGGAGUACAAGAUGGCCACCUUCGAAGAAGGUGGACUGUUCACUGAAUUUAUAGAUAAAUUCUUAAAGAUAAAACAAGAAGCAUCUGGCUAUCCCUCCUGGUGCGUCACAGAUGAGGAUAGAGAGAGGUAUGUUCAAGACUACUUCGAGCACGAAGGAAUCAGACUAGAUCCAGUUAAAAUAGAGAAAAACGAAGGUCUCCGUUCUCUCGCAAAACUAAUGCUUAACUCGUUUUGGGGCAAGUUUGGUCAAAGGGAAAACCAAACAAAGACUCUCAUCACAAGGGAUCCUGAAGAACUCUUUAGACUAUGCAUGGACUCAGGAGUUAUCGUCAACACAAUACAGGAAGUCAGUGAAGACGUUGUUCUGGUCAGUUGGCAACAUCUAGAGGAGGUUGGCGAAUCAUUAAGUACGGUAAACGUUGUCCUAGCAGCCUACACUACAAGUCAAGCCCGAUUAAAGCUUUAUGAUCACCUGGAAGCACUGGUGUACGCUGUAAAACCGACAAAUCCCAAGACUUAUAUCCUGCAAGACUCACAAGGAACCAUCUUGAAAGGUGGAUUUUAUGAGCCUGAACUGGCCAAGGCGAACACGGGAAACGUUUAUUUAAUUGAAAAAGUGUUGAGAAGAAAGAAAGACAAGGUUUGCUCAAAGUGUACAGAGUCAUUCGUGAUCAUGGAGCGAAAGAGUGAAGACAUACAGGCUACUGUCGCUGCUGCUGUGUUGAAGGAGGAGGAGGAGAAGCAGCUGGAUACAAGAUUCUUGAGGCGAGGAAAGGUUCACACCAAAUUUGACAGGAUGGCUGUCAUGCUGGUGAUAGAACAGGAUGGAUCGAAGACGGCUGUAACAUUUUUGCCUGCUAGGUUCGAGAGAUGCCUUAACGAGGAAGAUCUGCAAGAGAUGACAACGUCAAAAAAAGUUUAG